AUGCGAUUAAUAUCCAUGUUCAUCGGCCUUCUGGUCGUCCUGCUCAACUCCCCGCAGGCCGCCGCCACCAAGCUCAUCGAAUCCAAUGCCCUGAGUAUUUGCCAGGACAGUUCGAAUUUCACGGCCACUUACUUCAGUGUUACUUUCACCCCCGGCAACCGCUCGCUCACCUUCAGCUUCGAUGGAGUGUCUGCAAUUUCUGGAAAGGUCACUGCAGAGCUCGUGCUCGAGGCCUACGGUAUCCAGGUGUUGACCAAGACUCUCGACCCUUGUGAGAUGGAUCUUACUGGACUCUGUCCCAUGAAUGCGGGCACGAUCGAUGUUCCGAAAGCCGUCAUUACCCUGCCUGAGUCCGUGGUCAAGUCCAUUCCGAACAUUGCAUACACCGUCCCGGAUCUUGAUGCCAACGUGCGGAUCUAUAUCAACUCCACCACGACCGGUGAAGCCAUUACCUGUGUGGAAGCAUCCCUCUCCAACGGCAAGACAGUUUAUCAGAAGGGCGUUGGCUGGACUACAGCCAUUAUCUCCGGUCUCGGUUUGGCUGCCUCUGCCAUCACCUCGGGAUUGGGACACUCGAACACGGCUGCUCACGUCGCAGCUAACGCGCUCUCUCUCUUUGGUUUCAUGCAGUCUCAAGCAAUGAUUGGUAUGACAUCCGUCGCAAUGCCUCCGAUCGUGGAGUCUUGGACCCAGAAUUUCCAGUGGAGUAUGGGUAUCAUCCAUGUGGGCUUCCUGGAAACCAUCUGUACAUGGUACCAGCGCUCGACUGGAGGAACGGCUUCAACCCUUCUUUCAGACUUGUCCACUACGUCCGUUCAGCUGUACAGACGCAAGCGCUCCCUCGAUGACGAGCCCAUUGUCAGGAAGGCCACUGGGUAUUUCAAGCAUUGGCAGAAACGUGCUGAUGCCAGUACCCAAACUGCCACGGAUUCUAGCGUCAUUGUUCGUGGUAUUGAGCGUGUUGGCUUCAAGGCUGGAAUUGAAACCACGAAUAUCUUCCUGACCGGUCUUAUCUUCUUCGUUGUAUUUGUUGCGCUGGUGAUGGCCCUUGUCGCUGUUUUCAAACUUGGCUGUGAGGUCCUUGCUAAAAACGGCAGGAUGAAGGGAGACAAAUUCCAGGAGUUCCGUAACGGAUGGAAGGUUGUCGCACGUGGAAUUCUGUUCCGACUCACGCUAAUCGGUUUCCCCCAAAUGUGUGUACUCUGCCUGUGGGAAUUCACCCGGGUCGACUCAGCUGCGGAGGUGGUUCUUGCUGUGAUCAUGUUCCUUUCGGUGGUUGCAGCGCUGGGUUGGGCAGCACUGAAAGUGUUGCGUCUAGCCAAGCGAUCUGUCAUCAUGCACAAGAACCCGGCUUAUAUCCUCUACUCUGACCCUACCUGCUUGAAUAAGUGGGGGUUCUUGUAUGUCCAGUACCGCGCAACUGCGUACUACUUCAUCGUCCCGUUCCUGGGCUAUAUCUUGAUCAAGGGCCUGUUCAUUGGAUUGAGUCAGCCCGCUCCGGUCGUGCAAACCAUCGCUCUUGUCAUCAUUGAGGCUGCUAUGCUUAUUGCUGUCAGCGUCCUCCGGCCCUGGAUGGACAAGAAGACCAAUAUCUACAACAUUUCGAUUGCCGCCAUUAACUUCCUCAACACGAUUUUCCUGCUAUUCUUCUCGGAUGUGUUCAACCAACCUGGAAUUGUCACUGGUGUUAUGGGUGUUGUUUUCUUCGUAUACAACGCUGUUUUUGCUCUGGUGUUGUUGAUCCUGGUCUUGAUCGCAUCUGUUUACGCCAUCGUUUCCAAGAACCCCGACACGCGGUACCAGCCCAUGAGAGAUGACCGGGGUUCGUUCAUUAAGAACGGGGGUCAGUUGACCACCGAACUGGAUGCUCUGGGUGCUACCGCCCGUGGGGACAUGAAGGGGUCACCUUACCAAUCCAGUCCGUUUGAGGAUGACAAUACGUCCUUCUCGAGUGGAAACGGUGCCAGUGUUAGCCGUCAGAAUCUCGAAGCCCCUGAUGCCACGACACACCAGACCGCUCGUCAUUCCCCGGUCUCCCCUGUCGACCCGUCUUUGCCGCUAUUCCCUAGCGACAAUUCGGCCCGCAAUGGCCCUCCUGCCUACGAUGCUAAUUUCGGGCGUUCACCGUCUCCUGUACCACGGAACUACAAUAGCUCCCCCUUCCAAAACCCACAUGCAUACCGGCAACAAAACAACCCGAGCCCAUGGCAACGGGGAGCAGGUUACGACCACUGA